UCCCCAACCUGGCUGAGCGUUCUCCCUCUCGGCCCCUCCGCCCUGUCCCGCCGGAGCCAUCGGCGCUCCCCGGCCCCAUCACGUGUCCGGCCUUGGACGGGGACCCGGCUCUUCCCCUGCCCGCGGGGCUCCCCUCGCUGCGGGGCUGGGGCUGUGCUGGGGGACCGGCCCGCUCCCAUCCCUGAUCCCAGCCCCGCUCCCGGCCCGAUCCCGGUCCCAUCCCAGCCCCACUCCUGGCCCCAUCCCAGUCCCGCUCCCGGUCCCAUCCCAGCUCCGCUCCCGGUCCCAUCCCAGCCCCGCUCCCGUCCCGGGCAGCUCCGCUGGCUGCCGGCGGGGAGCGGCCCCGAGCCGCCAGCGCUGCUCGGCGCCCGCAGGCUUUCCCGGGCUUCGCUGGCAGGCUGAGCAAUGUCUCUCGCUAACUACACGCAGAUGUGCCUGCUUGGCAGCCCGCUGCGCAGACCGAACCGAGGGGACGCGGGAUCAGCGCUGUCAAAUGGGAUUUGAAGAACUGAGCAAAUAAGACAGAAGAUCUCCAGGAAAAGUAUGGGCAGUGGUGCCAGGCAGCUCAAACACAGCUUUUAACAGUCCCAGGCACACCGGAGAGACAAUGAGAGUUCGCCUCAAAGGGGAUGUGAUCUGUACCCUCCUCCUGCUGCUGGCGCUUGGUUCCUUGCUCUACUCCCAGCUGGAACAUUUAGUCCCGGCAGGAAAGAAGGAGCCAGCACAGAACAAGCCUCGAGUAGCACCAAAAAUAUUCUCUGAUCCCAGAGCAUCUGUGAGGCGGAUGCCAGCAGAGGCAACUGCACCCAGACCCCAAGGAACCCCUGUCAUGAGACAAACAGAAGCGGCCAAAACCAGGCUCCAAACUACAACUCCACCCCCGCUGACUGAUUCUGCCUUCAACUUCAAGCUCUAUCUCCUGAACAAGGAUAACAGGAACUUCAAUCUCCUCAUCAACCAGCCCAGGAAAUGCCGAAAAGCACCGGGAGGUCCCUUCCUGCUCAUUGCUAUCAAAUCAGUAGUUGAAGACUUUGACAGGCGUGAGAUUGUCCGGAAAACUUGGGGCAGGGAGGGUUUGGUGAACGGGGAGCAGAUCCAGCGAGUGUUCCUCCUGGGAACACCAAAGAAUAGGACAGUGCUGGCAACGUGGGAGACCCUGAUGCACCAGGAGAGUCAGACAUACCGGGACAUUUUACUCUGGGACUUCAUGGACACUUUCUUCAACCUGACCCUGAAGGAGAUCCACUUCCUGAGCUGGGCUGCUGAAUUCUGCCACAACGUGAAAUUCAUUUUCAAAGGCGACGCUGAUGUUUUUGUCAACGUUGAGAACAUUGUCGAUUUCCUCAAGAGGCACGAUCCCACCGAAGACCUCUUUGUUGGGGACAUCAUCUACAACGCCCGUCCCAUCCGUGCCCGGAAGAGCAAAUACUACAUCCCAGAGACCAUGUACGGGCUGAGCAUCUACCCCGCCUACGCUGGGGGAGGAGGGUUCCUGCUCUCCAGCUGCACCAUGAGGAAGCUCUCUAGGGCUUGCAGAGAAGUGGAGCUGUUCCCCAUUGAUGAUGUCUUUUUGGGCAUGUGCUUACAGAGAAUCAACCUCAAGCCCAUUUUACAUGAAGGGUUCAAGACCUUUGGCAUUGUUAAGCCUUCUGCUGCCCCACACCUACAGACGUUUGAUCCCUGUUUUUACAAAGACCUCAUGGUGGUUCAUAGCCUGAAAGUUGCUGAGAUCUGGCUGAUGUGGAACCUGCUCCACAGCCCACGGCUUUCCUGUACUCAGAAGAAGCAGGUGAAGAAGCCUUUCCAAUGGAAGAAGAAAGCUCAGACAACAACACCAGCACCACCCCUCAGAUAAUGCAGGCAGAGUGCAGCACACACAGCAAACCAGCCAAGAAAGGGAGCCUGGAACUCACACAGCCCAACAAACCAACUUUCCAACUGUUUUAGCACAUCUUAUUUACAACAUUAGGAGAAGACAACAAACAGUUGCAGGAAUUUGCCCAAAUUCCACAUUUGCACAUACAUAUCAUGUGGGUCCUUCUGUACUAAUGAGUCCAAAUAAUCAUAACAUAUAUAUAAUUUAUUAUUAUUUAUUAGGAUUAUAGUAGUGCCUAGUGGGGCAGUGUGUAAAAGCAGAUUGAAAAAUGCAGUCCUUGGACAUUUUCCAGCAUGGUUAGAAGUGUGAGAAAUGAAAGAAGACCUAGGGUAAGAACAGACACCAGGGAGCACAGGGAUCAUUGUCAACUUGCUACUUGACUUGGACUCAUUGAAAAAGGACCAAACAGGAAUGAGGGUACAGCAAAUCGAGUCCCUUAGAGUCUGCUCAGAUCACAUCACUGCUGCCUGGUUGGUUUUCCACAGGCCUUGUAAGAAGAGAACAACAAACAGCUGUUGAAAUGGGGUCCUGCAGUUGCAGUUCAGGUGGAUUACAAGAAAUCAAACUGGAUGCUGAGGCUGGCAUGGCCAGAGGAGCAAAGGACAGGUAAGUAGAUGACUGGAAAAGAGCAGACUAAAGGGCCUUUAGAGAAAGGACAAGAACUUCGAGUUGAUCACUUUGAGUCUUGAUUUUUCAUCAUUCUUCUCAGUUCAAAUAUCUGCUCUAUUGACAUACUCGAGAUUCAGGGGACCAGUGGAGCAGGUUUUGGCACUCCCCUGAGCUCAGGCUCUCUGCACUACACUGACUGACAUUCAGGGAAAUUUCAGAAGUCAUCAACAGUAUUUGAGCACUCUCAUGAACUGACCCAGAUUUUCAGAAGGUUUGCGUCUGGAGAGAUCCUUUGGCCUUUGCUUAUAAGCAUAACCCCACACAGAGCUGCUGCUUGCAUCACACUUGGGAGCUGCUUCAAACCAAAGAGUGCACUGGGCUGGUUUCUGCAGACCUUGGUCUCUUGCUUGGCACAGUCAGCUGCAGAGGGCAGCCAGGACUCUCGUACUGCUGCAAGCGUCAUGUGAAGGGAGAACGUUUUCAGACAAAAGGACUUCAGAAUAAAAGUCCAUCUAAAUUUAUUGCAAGAAAUCAAAACCACCCAGCAGUCUUUCUGUUGGGCUUUCCAAGGUUCAGUCAGGAACUUUGUGAGUAUUUUAAGCAUCAGACAAGAACACUGAAUUGCUCAGUUUUUCAAAGUAUAGUCCAGACUUUGAUGCAUUUUGUUUUUCCCAACAGCGGACUACCUUAGAAGAAUAUACUUUUAUCAGACAUCAAAGCAAAAGUGAAUUCCUCUAAAUCAGGGUUACAAAGCUGUGAAAUUCAAGGGGCAAAGAGCCUGAAUUCACCUCUGAUACUGUGUUUGUUAAUUCUUUUACAAGUUUUUACCCCCUCAACAAAACUCCUGUCCAUCAGAGAACCCCUCGGGAUGGCACAUCCACACAGCUUCAAAGGAAACUACAAUCACUCAUAAGAGCCCAAAGUUCCUUUCCCUUGCACAGAGCCCGGAGCACAGCUGCCUUUCAUAUCCGUGUGUAAGCUCCCUCCUUCCCUCCCUGCAGCAGUCCGGGCUCAGUGCUGCUACUGACAAUGCUGGGAAACAGCCUGUGAACAACAGCUUCACACGCUGGUGAUCUUCAUCUUGAGUUCAGGCCUUACAGGAAUGUAUUUCCAAGAAAAAGUCAGCUUUAUAGAAAUUGAAAGAUUUCUACAUUUGAGAUUAUUUCAGGAUGCAAUCCUGAAAUCCAAAAUGUUCACGUGAGCUUCACAAGGAGCUUUGCAAGGUGUGGAACUAAGCCAAAGCCUCACUGGUAGGACAAAACCACCCCUGCCCCUGUCUGCUAACAUGUGAUCCUUGUGUAUUUAUGAGACUGUACAGAAAUGUAUUCCCUGGGACUAGUUUACAGAUUGGGAAAUUAUUUAUGCCAUCAUUAAAAGACAGCAUGCAGAUGUGCCUCUAGUUGUCAGAGUGAGUUUGUCAAGCACACCUGCACACAUGUUGUAAGACUAAAACCACAGGGAUUUUUUUAUGAAGACAGUAACAUGAAAAAUGCAUUAUUCAUUAUUUUGGAUAACUUGGUAAGUCUUUCCUUAUGCUGGACUUAUUUUAAUGGCAAUGACAGAAAAAUAAACAGAGUUUGCCUUGUGAUUUCCUAUGAGGCAGCUAGUUAGGUUCAGCAAUCCUUAUUAAGGUUUUCCUUUUACACUUGAAGAUGCAGAGAUUGUGUCCUCCCUCUACAAUGUCUUGAGAUCUGCAAUCUAUCCACAGCACAGCAUUAAUGAGGGCAUUUUGUCCCAGAUCAAAGUUGUUGUUGAACAGCUGUGUUGACACAGUCUGUGCCAGCACAUACCCUGAUGGCAGAAACAGAACUAAACUGUUUACUCCAUUAUCUUAGUCUGUAGAAUAGCUCAUUUCUCUUAUCCAGUGAAUACCAGAGUCUCUCUUGAUCAAAGAUCCAUCUGGUUUUGCUCUCCAGCCUCUGCUGCAUGGCCUGUUUGACCUGGCUUUAAGUUUCCAUUUGCCUCUGCAGCUGAGCUGGAAGUUCACAGAUGUCACAUGUGAGCAUUAUGCUCUGGGGAAACGCUGAGGGCUGUGCUGCAAGCCCUGCAGUUUAUUGAGUUCUUACUGCUACAGUAGGCAAAGGCUUUGACUUCACCCAAGCUGAAGAUUGUUUCCUUAAGGAUGAGGGUCUUUGCAGAAAACCCUAAAGCCUCAGGUGUUUAUGACAACGGGCAGAAAAGAGCCUCUACCAACCUUUCUGAUGCAUCACAGAAACCCAAACCCAUCCUUUUCAGAAUGACAUUCUGAGUGGGUUUUAUUAACUGGCCAAUUGAGUGCACCAGUCAUACUCACUAUAAAUCUGCUUGGCAAUUCUUUUCAUGACUAACUCAGGACAAGAAAAGAAAACAUAAAAACAUCCUAAGUGGGUGCCACCAGUAGCAAACAAGGCAAGCAGACUUCCUCAGUAUAAACUCCUGAAACUAACACAGUACAGUAAGUUUUAUGGAGUCUCAAGGAUCCACACACAGUCAAGUUUUGUUCCUGCUGUACAAAAGUAGCCAGAUUUGGUCACUACAAUGAGCAAAGCUGGCUUGAGCCUCACAUUCAGCACCUCCAAGUGCAUCUCUGGACACACAGACUGGUAGGGAAUGCCAAGAUCCAUCAUUCAGUCAAGCCACUGCAGACAGACAUCACAAAAAAGAAAGCCAAAGAAGACUGUGAAGCAAUUCAGUAUUAAAAUCUUGUGCUUCCUGUCUGCAGCCUAAUUAUUCAUCUUUCUACAGCAGGCUCUCAGAAGCAAACCUCAGCUGCACACUCCAACAGCACAAAAUAAUCAAACAGCUCAGGGAACCUUCACUACAUAUCAGCACUGAGAACAUUCCCUGGGAGUGCUGACAGACCAGCAGAUCAGAGAGAAACAGACGUCUGUCCCAAAGCCCAGCAUGAAAAACUGCUGAUCUCCUGGGCUUACCUCUUGCAGCUGGACUUGCAAAUCUCAGCAGCCCAGAAAAUCAGCCCACCCCAUUUCCCUAAUGAUGCUACUAACUGCAGGGACAGUUUUAAAAACCACUAAAACUUUUAAAUACAAUUUUUCGUUACUUUCUGGGCUUAUGAUCAGUAAGAAAACCACAGUGAGGAAUGAGAGUGGAAAGUAAAGAGGAAAUAAACCCAAAGGAGGAGCACAACUGAGUCCCUCCAGGAGUGGCAAACAGCUCCCCCACCAUUCCUGGCCAGCCCAAUGCUCUCUCCAAACCAUUCAGCCUCAGCUCUUCUCUCUCCCCAUCCCUUUCCCAGCCCAUCUGUUGACAAUCCAUGAGCUAAAAGCUUGGAAAAAACCUAACACAGGUUUGCAGUGACAGCCUUGUCCCAAGGGAGUGCCUGAGCUGGGUGGGAAUCAAGGUGUGACAAUAAGACAAAUGGUGUCUACAGCCAGAGAAGCAGAAAAGGGAGGAAUAAUCUCUGUAGCCUCCCCACUUGUGGAUGCAGCAGAGCUUACCCAGCAAGGGACAGGGUAAAUUCAGAAAUACAGGGCUGCAGUUUUUCUGAGAUGAGCAGAGGGGAAAAGGGAAUACAGCAAAUCAGGCUGGUUUGAUUAUUUAGUUGAUUAGACUGCACAUUGCAUGAUCAUGCAAGGGUUUUUGUGAUUGGUAUUUAAAGUAAAUGUCUCUCUGAAGGAUGAUAAUAAAAAAAUGAAACUAAUGCACUCAGUGAUAUAUAUAUAUAUAAAAAAAAUAUAUAUAAAUAUAUAUAUGUAUACAUAUAGUGUAGGUGUAAAGCAUUAAGGCACUUAAAGGGGAAUUUUCAUUAAUGUAUGAAGCAGAAAAGAUUACAUUAAACCAUUACAGCCAGUCCAGAACAGAAGUCCUGUAAUAAUGGUAUCUUACACCACAGUGAGUGCCCAACUCUGCAAACUCCAGCUUACCUUUCCUGCCGUUUCAAGCACUCGUUUUUUCCAGAUCAUGAGGAGAAAUGAUUUCACCUGCUGGAAAAAGAGACAUCCCCACCAACACCACAAGAGCUUGGGAUGUAAGCUUUGGCAGAUAAACAUUUUAGCAGUGACUUUAUUAGUCCGAGCAAAAAUUCACAUAGGCAAAGAAUAUGGUAUUUAACUUGCACCAGAGCUGUCCAAGUAACACAUGCACUCCUCCCAAAAAAAUCCUUCAUGGGCUCUGCUUCACUGAGCCUGUUUUUAAUGCUUAAGAAUUGUAUCCCCAGUAAGCUCCAUCUUUCGUUUCCCCUUGUUUUACUUCAGCCUUACCUUCUCUCUGAAACAACCUGGUUCACGCUUCACAUGAAAAGAACCACCAGAACUAAGCAGUGUUUCAACUGCACAGACACACAGUGAGGUGUUUAUUUGGCUACAUGUGCUGGGUCAGAUUGUGGCUGACAGGCAGACAGGAGGGAGCUUUGCACUGGUGUAAUCAAGGUUUUAAAAAAGGUGUUUCAUCAGGCAAAAGUCAACACAGAACAAUUGUAACUAGCAUGGAAUAACGUUUCUUGCACUGUAACAACAAAAAUUACUCUGAACACAACCAGCCACAUGAAAUCAGACAACUUGGUCUUUGCCCAAAUUCUCUGGAGAAAGCGAGCAGAGAGGGCUUGGACAUAACAUUUCUUUCAAAGUAAGAGCCACACUGACUCCCACGUGCAGAUUUACUUUCAACGCACAUUUUGAGCCACCAAACACAAAAACCUAACAGGAGUUCUGGCUUAGAGAAGUUAAGUGACUAAGAGGUUCUAACAGCAGGUAGAGAGUCAGUGUGAAGGGGGCAGCAGCACCCUUGAUUUCCCUCUGGAAAACAGCAGCUGGCCCCUAACCUCCAGCCAGCCCCAAAGCAAUGAUGAAUCACCAUCUUCUUGUAGUGCUGAAAGACUUUGUUUUAAACAGGUUGGAUGGGAGCUCUGGCAUUUGAACGAUCAUGAUCACAUGAAUCAGCUCUCACAUACCCUAUGAAUACUCUUUCAGAAAAAAAAAAAAAAAAUCUGUUUAGAAUUAAAAAUGUGGCAGUUCCUGGCAACAGAAGAUUGCUUUUUCUUGUCAGGAACUGCAUUUUGGGGAACAGAGGGUUCUAGUAUUACACAGCAGCACUUAUCCACACAGCACUGCCUGGAGCCAUCACAGGAGCCCAGGGACUGCUUGAAGGCUGAAGAGCAGGUGAAGAAAUGUCAGCUUCACCUCCUCAAAGAAGGGCACAACAAGCAGUUUUAUUAAGUGUAAACAAAUGAAAUACUGUGGACAGUACUGCAAUAUUCAAGUUAGGCACACACACACACACACAAACUCCUCACCUCUUUACAAAGGAAAACAGCACACAUCAGAAGGGGAUCAUAUGCACUACAUGUUUUAUUAAAAAUGCAAUUGUACUUAACUUUAUAUCAAACAAUUUUAUCAUAUGAACCCAAAAUGGUGGACCAAUGCACAUGUUGCCAACAUGCAGGAUCUGUAUCAAACCACACAGGAUUAUCACAAGGAACGAGGCUACCUGGCAAAAUGGGAUCUGAUGCAGCCCAAAUAUCUCAGUUCCCUUGGGAGGGGGAGGCAGAGCUGGCCCCUUGCUCCCCCUAAGCAGCCCUCAGCCCAGAAGAGCUCUUGCUUCAGGUGAACUGCCUCGUCCCAGCCUCCCUCCCUGCCACACUGCCAUCCCUGCCUUGUCCCCCAGAGCUCCUCUACUCCUUCCUCUCUUCUUUCUGAUUCAAACCCACCAUCAGUGCCCUCUACCCAUUCCUGAACUCAGCCAGCAGCAUGAGUUCUUAACUGCUCCACAAAGUCCUUAAAUGCUCCACAAUGCUUCUCUAAAGCAUCAGCUCAGGAACAGCUUGGCUUGCCUUAGUCCAAAAAGGAACAAACGAAUCAAAACACCUCAGACAAGAGAGCUGUGAACAGCUGCAUUCACAAAGGCUGGGUGAGGAAAUCCAUAAAAGCAGCUCCACGUUCUCUCUCCUGGUGCUUCUUUAGAUCUGCCUCUCCCAAAUGUCAAAUGCUUUCAGCUUAGCCCAGCAGCACCAGCUAAGAUGCAAAAUUGCCUUUAAUUUUUCAUCUGGGCAGAGAAUUUUUCAAUAGCAAGGGGCUGACCUAGAGAAGUAUAUGGGUUAUAUGUUAGGAGAGAACUCUUAACUAUCAAUACUAUUUUAGUCACUAGGUCUCACCAGAGCAUGACAAGUGAAGCUGGAAGCCACUGUAGUUAUUAAACACCAGAGGUUAGCUGCUGCUCCUGCCCUGAGUCUCAGGGUUCAUGCUACAGCAGCAGGCCUGACCUCACUCUUGUGAAGAACUUCAACUCAGUAUGCUUGAGAGCAGGAUAGUGGUGGCAUCUCCAUAGCAAUUACUCAAAUCAUCCCAUCAAGGAUUUAUCUCCUCUUGCAGCUUAUCUGGAGCCUUUAUUAGAAAAGGAUGGAUUAAAAUUACUUGAAGUUAGCAGCAGGAUUGCCGUCACAUUUUAGUAACAAGAAUGAGCACGCACAGCAUCUCAGUUGAGAGGCCACAGAAUUCUGUGAGAGCACCCUGAGCCAAGGCAGGCAGGGUGAGCCUGCACUGCAGCACCGGGGAGGCUGCAGGAGGAGCUGAGUGCUCUGCCUGCCCACACAGCCAGGGCAGGAGUCCCCUUCCUUGCGCCCUGCAUUAACCCUGGAGCUGCUUCAGGGCAGGGAGACUCCCAAAGCUUUUCUAUGAAGCCCUGUGGGGCACACGAAUGCAGUAGGAGAAUUCACUGCAGGCAUUUCCUCCCUUCUGCUGUGGAAUAUUCCCCCUCUUUGAAGCUCAAUUGAUUUCCAUGAUCCCCAAGGGCCCACAGGAGCAUAACAAUCUCAUUUCUGAACACAAUGCAGAGCCCACGGCGCUAUCGACCAGUUUAAAGACUUCUCCACUUCAGGGCAAAAUGUUACAAAAUGCUUUAAUGUAUCUUUCAAGUUAUGUUAGUUACUGUUUCUUUGGAGAACAUACUGAACUGGCUAUAAAGUCACUACACACUAGUCAGGUACUUCUAAUACAAUGGCUGAAAGCCAGUAAAAAAAAAUAAUUAUUGAUAAGAAAACAAAAAGCAAGAACAUCCAUGAUUUUAUUACAAAAACACCCAGCAACUGUAUUUAACACAAAAACAGUAACUGAGAGUCUCUUUUUAUUUUUCUUUCAGUGUACAUGCUCAUUAUUAUUCCAUUUAAUUUACAAGAAGGGCUACGUAAAAUGAAAUUAAAAUUAGAGAGGAAACAAAAAGGAAGAUUGAGGCAUAGAAUUUUCUUAGCAAGCAACGAUCACAGGAGACAGCACAGAUUGAACAGGGAUUCAACAGGAGUGACACCUAGGGAUAAAGGUAAACAGUAACUUUUUCCUUAUCCAUUAGAUUCUCCAUGGGGCUUUUUUGUUUGUUUUAGCAAAACAGUUUAGAGUAUCACAGUAUACAGGAAGACUAAAUGGCAAAGAACGUCUCACACACACACACAUUUAUCCCUGCUACUGGUCCAGGAUCCCAAACUUCAGUUAACAUUCGAUUUCCUAUCUCUCAUUCAUUGAUAAACUAUACAGGAUUACACUGUACAUGGAGUUAAAAUUACAAAAAUGUCAUAUUUACAAAAAUCUGUACACACAUAGUAAAACUCACAAAAUUGUCAUCUAUGUAUCACAAGUUGCGACACCAAAAUAUUAAAAAUGGGAUAAAAUUAUACAUUUCUCUUGUCCAUUUUUAAAAAGGGUUCAUUAUUUCAAAGACAGACCACCUAUUUCUCCCAAAUAAGACUGGUAAGAGAACUAGAAACCUAAAGUAUCCUCCUGGGAUAAAAUGUCGCGAGCAGCAUCUCCCAACUAGAAAGAAGCCUGUAUCCUGUCUGCUGGGGUGGGGUGUGCAGUUAGCAUAUAUGUACAGAAAUGGUGAAACUACGACGAGGAUGUCUUUGGCUAAACCUUUGGCAUAAAUUAAAAUCAUACAUCAAAAGUUACAGAAAAGGUUAUCUUGGUGAUGGCGGAAUUCCAGAAUUUCUUUCUGAGAUACCAUUAUUUACAGCUUUUCUUUCUCUGAGGAAAUAGAGUAGGAAUAAAGGAUUUUGGAACAGAGGCAAAUGAGGCAACAUUAUUUCUUCGUUAAAUUUUUCACUAGUAUGAAAAAUUGUAUCAAAUCUUUUCAUUAAAACAUAAUUCAAUCAUAGAAAUAACCCCUUCCAGAAUUUUUUUUUCCUUUUGAAAUUGCAUAUGAAAAAAAUUAGUAAACCAGCCAUGACAGAAAAAAAUUGUAUCAGCAUAUCAAGUACAUAUUAGUGCAGGAAGGUGGAUAAAUUUGAUCCACUGUAUAAAUAAGCUUUAUGCGCAGUGUACAUUAAAUAACCACCACACCCCACUCACACCCAGUACACAGAUGCUCCUCAGUGAAGAUAAACGUUUAUCAAGUAAUUAAAGUGUAUGUAGUGCAAAUGUUACAACCAAGUAUUAUGCACAUGCUACUUGCUUGGUUUAAAGUUACACAAAGAUGUGGUGCCUGAAAUCAUGGACAUAUAUACAUCCUUGUCACACUUGGUACAAUGUCCUAAGCCACAGAAAUACCGAGGUGUUUAGAUCUAUAUAUAUAUACACACACGUUUUCUUAAAAUGUGACCACCACAUCAAUACAGUAACACAAACAGACUAAAAUCAAUACCUGCUUCCAGAUGCUCCAAGGCUCAGAAAGUUUGUGCUUCUAAUUCUUGCAGUCAUUACGUGCCCCUCUUCCAUUUCCCCCUUCUGCCAGCUGAGAAGGAGGGACAGUCUCUUCACGUCUGUGCUGCAUAGGAUGAGGGCGACGGAGAGGAAUAAAUGACGGCACAGGCACCUAAGCUGCUUUCCUCCAUCAACAGUUCCAUGCCCCAUGAUGAAGGGUUGAGAGAAUUUCCUCUCCACACCACUCCAGGGUGGAAAGGCUUAUUGAAAAAAAAAAA